GAGUKAUUUUAAAAAUGGAUUCCGUGAUUGCAUGAACUUCUUUCAUUGACYCGAGAAGUCCUUAAUUAUUGCCACUUUCUUAACUUCAAGGCUUCAAAAGGAUGGAUAAACAUUAUUCUCCAAACACAUGGCGAUGAAUCUGACGCUUGGUUCACGAACUUUACUGCUAUUUUGGUGAAAUAUCAAUCUUUUUAUCCAGAAUUCUUCCSACAUGGAUUUGGAAAGCUUUUGUUUCGAACAUCGCCUCAACUGAAUGAAAUUCCUAAUUUCAUCAUAUCAUCGUGUCUUUAUUCGAAGCAUGUUCGUUCAUUACUUUUCAGAGUAUGGGUUCUUGUAGCAUAACUUACAAUUGGAUGACUAGACCCUUGCGAUAGUUUUGUAAACAAUAAAAAUCAGCUGACUACACCAGAAGUCAUAAAGAAGACAAAGAGAUGCUGAGAUCUUCAAGUGUUUAUGUUGUGAUAUUGUUUUGGACAAUUGUAUUUAUUGUGAACGCUGUGCUUAAGAAUUACAGACGAUACUCGCGCAGAUACAAACAGUUCUUAGAGGACAAUGGGGUCUCUCUGUCAACAUUUCAAAUUCGCUGGUAUACAACACGAUAUAAUCGUGCGUUUAUCAAGAUAGGACGAUAUAGCCCAUUCUUUCUCCAUAUAUGGUUGACACUGGGCGUAUGGGUGGGUGUGUUUAUGAUGUUUGCGUCAGUAGUGGUACUGAUUAUGACGCUUUAUAAGGCAUUCASCAAGGAAGCACCAGAACAAAUACUGACGCCAGUGAUGCCUGGUGUUAACCUGCCAUGGAGUCAAAUACUGUAUUAUUUGGUAACUCUUGCUGUAAGUGGUAUUUUCCAUGAAGUAGGGCAUGCUAUAGCUGCUGUCAGGGAACAAGUACGUGUAAAUGGUUUUGGUCUGUUCUUUAUGGCRAUAUACCCAGGAGCCUAUGUUGAUCUUCAUACAGAUCAYCUAAAAGUGAUAUCAUCUCUACGACAGCUUAGGAUUUACUGUGCUGGAGUGUGGCAUAAUGUUGUCCUAGUGUUGCUAGGGUUACUGUUUCUAUGGUUACUGCCAUACUUGAUAGUGCCUCUUUAUAAUACUGGCCAGGGUGCUGUUGUCAUGGAUGUUAUCAAGAAUUCGCCGGUUUAUGGCAGCAUAAAACGAGGUGAUACCAUCAUCAGUGUGUAUGGCUGCCAAGUCUACAACAAACAAGACUGGUUGAACUGCAUUUCUAAAACUCUUAGUAAACCACAGCAUGGCUAUUGUAGUGAUAUGAUCACAGUUGCAAGAAAGAAUUCAUCCAUUGGAGGGGUUUAUGUUGAUGGAGUAUUUGACUGUUGCAAGAAUGCAUCUUCUUCAAGAUAUUGUUUCAACUAUAACUCGAUAAGUCAUUCAAAGGGCUAUGCUUGCCUUCCUGCUAGAAGUACAAUGCAAGUUCGAAUGUUUUGUGAUAAGCCUGAAGAUUGUGCUGGUCCAGGGUAUAAAGCUUGUUUACAUCCGUCUCUUGACAACUCUAGUCGACUAUUAAGGAUUAUUAGGAGUAAAGAUUCUGAUGUCUUGUACGUUGGCGACCCGCGUCUUCURCAGUAUACCGUAUUAAUCACGAACUUCAGCCCUAGAAGUCCUCUUCUUCCUCUAGAUCUUCCCAACAUAAUCGAAACGUGGCUAAURUAUCUAGUUUCGUUAUCAGGGGCACUGGCACUCUUGAAUAUGGUCCCUUGUUAUUCUUUGGACGGACAAUGGGCUCUUUUUGCACUAGUUGAUUACUCACUUGUCAAGAUAGUUCCCAGCGAGGACCAAAGAAGUACCCUUUGUAACGUAAUACUGACCCUAGGGACUCUUUUGUUAGUGGCCAACAUCACUCUUGCAUUAUGGACCUUGACAAGCGUGUAACCACUGUUUUUGUAAUUAUAUAUGGUGUAUAAAGAAAUAAAAUAAUUUAUAGCAGGA